AGUUGUACUUUAGUUUCAUUCGGAUUGUUGUUAAACCAACAGUGCUUUCUCAAAAAUCCAACAUUUAAGUACGAGUUAUUACAACACGAAAUUAAUGAUGUUGGAUACCGAGACAACCAAUCAGCGACAAACGUCCGAACAAGAACAUUCUGAUGACUUUGAUCCUUAUACUUGCACUCUUUCUCCUGGAAUGAAAAUUGUGGCUAAGGAGGAGCUGCACGAGGAUGAUAACAUACGUCGACAAGCGCUAAAACAAUUUCGUGAAUGGAUAUCGAAGCAUCCGAGUAUAAAGAAAUGCCGCACAGAUUCACUUUUUCUUCUGCGAUUUUUACGUACGAAAAAGUUUUCGGUACCUGAUGCCUGUGAAAUGCUCGAACGUUACUUGACUAUACGGCAAUUAUUCCCUCAAUGGUUUUCGAAACUGGAUGUUACAGACCCUACUAUUAGCGAAAUUUUUGACAACGGUUACUUAGUUCCACUUCCAGAGAGGGAUGAUAAUGGAAGACAAAUAAUUCUAUCUAUCGCAAAAAAUUUUGACCCAUACAAAUAUACCUCAGUUCAAAUGGCGCGCGUACACUCAUUGAUCUGCGAAGGAUUGCUAGAUGACGAGCAAUCACAAGUGGCUGGUUAUGUAUACAUAAAUGAUGAGAGUGGAAUAAACAUGGGGUUUGCCAGUCUAUGGUCUCUUUCUGAUUUGAGAAGUAUGGUGAAAUGCAUACAAAACUCAACGCCUAUGCGACACAAGGAGACACAUUUUGUAAACAUACCGCAAUUUGCAAAUCGUAUUAUCGAAUUAGGAGUAUCACUACUAAGUGAUAAACUUAAAGGCCGUAUAACUGUUCACAAAUCGAUUGAUGAAUUGAAAGAAAAGAUAAAGCCUGAAAUUCUUCCCAAAGAGUAUGGAGGUACAAUCCCUUUGGAUGACAUUAUAAAGGAUUUCAAGUUAAAAUUACUGCAAAAACGAGCUGCUAUACUGUCUCUUGACGAUAUGUGUAUAGAAAUCAAUAAAGAUUCCAAUAAUACUUUGGUUAAAGGUCUGAAAGAUAUAGAUGGUGGACUUGUAGGAAGCUUCAGGAAGUUGGAAGUUGAUUAAAUGAUUAACCUCAAGGUUUUCGUAUAAAUUAAUUAAAAGGAUGUUGUGUUGACUAUGUAAUUGGAACCACUUUUAUAUUUAUGUAUGUAUAAUUUUCAUUAUAUUCAAUGAUUUUAUUUCUGCUCAAAUUUCAUUUAAUCAUUUUGUAAGUUUAUCUAAUCGUUGAAAAA